AUGGCUCCAAAUCUGCAGCCAUUAAUACUCUUCAUCGUAUGGUUUGGAAUCUUCGCCUUCGUUGCUCUUGCGAAAACAGAUAGCCAAGAUGUUUCGGCUCUUAAUGACGCGUAUAAGAGCAUGAACUCUCCAUCUAAACUCAAAGGCUGGUCUUCGAGCGGAGGCGAUCCUUGUGGUGACUCAUGGGAUGGGAUUUCUUGCAAAGGCUCUUCUGUUACUGAAAUAAAGGUAUCAGGACGUGGACUCAGUGGAUCUUUAGGUUACCAGCUUGGAAACUUGAAAUCACUUACUUACCUUGAUGUGAGCAAGAACAAUCUUAAUGGAAACUUACCCUAUCAGCUUCCUGAGAAACUUCUUUACUUAGAUGGCUCUGAGAAUGACUUCAAUGGUAAUGUACCGUACUCGGUAUCUCUCAUGAACGACCUCAGUUACCUAAACCUUGGUCGUAACAACCUCAAUGGCGAACUCAGCGACAUGUUUCAGAAGCUUCCAAAACUUGAAACAAUUGAUCUGUCUUCCAAUCAACUCACAGGAAAACUACCAAACAGUUUUGCCAAUCUAACAGGCCUUAAAACACUGCACUUGCAAGACAACCAAUUCAAAGGCUCUAUAAAUGCAAUCAGAGACCUCCCUCAGAUCGAUGAUGUAAACGUCGCAAACAAUCAAUUUACUGGUUGGAUCCCAAACGAGCUAAAGAACAUUGGAAACCUUGAAACUGGAGGAAACAAGUGGUCAAACGGUAGAGCUCCCUCACCACCUCCCGGGACCCGUCGUGUAAACAGAAACUCGGGAGAUGGUGGAGGAAGCAGCAAGGCCCUGAUCAUCGGAGUUAUAGUAGCAGUAGCUACUAUAGGUGGACUCAUUUUCUUUGCAGGUAUAAUUGCAUUGUUAACUCGACGGAAAAACUCUCAUCAUUCUUCUCACUUUUUCGACGAAGAGAAAGGAGGAACUAACAGAAGCAAACCACUCUUCACACCGCAAUCCUCUCAGAUGCUUCAGUUUGACUCUAUGGAUGAAUUCAGAGGCCAAAAGACGGUCGAUUCUAAUGCUUCGGUUGAUACAAAGGUUUCUGUUAAAAGAACUUCUUCAGUGAGUUUCAAGAACUCUCCUACUUUCCAUAUCAUACCUUCUACUCAAGUGGUUGCAACACCUGAUCCUUUCUCUAGCCCCGAUGACUCUCCUGACACACGCGGUGUGAAAGUGUUUACGCUCUCGGAUUUGCAGAACUCCGCGUCUUGUUUCUCGCCGAAUCGCCUUAUUGGUGAAGGAAACAUUGGACGUGUUUAUAAAGCUAAAUAUCAUGAUGGAAAGAAAUUUGCAGUCAAAGAGAUUGAUUCUUCACUGUUAGGAAAAGGAAAUCCGGAAGAGUUUUCACAUAUAGUUUCGAGUAUUUCGAAUAUUCACCACCCGAAUAUGGCGGAACUCGUUGGUUAUUGUGCGGAACAAGGAAGAAACUUGCUUGUUUACGAGUAUUUUACAAGUGGUUCUCUUAACAGAUUCCUUCACCAGUCUGAUGAUUUCAGCAAACCAUUAACUUGGAACACGAGAAUCCGAAUCGCUCUCGGAACUGCUCAAGCUAUAGAGUACCUUCAUGAAGUUUGUUCGCCUCCAUUAGUUCACAAGAACAUCAAGUCAUCGAACAUUUUACUCGACAGUGAUCUAACUCCUCACCUCUCAGACUAUGGCAUGGCAAACUUUCACCAUCGCACAAGUCAGAAUCUUGGAGUUGGAUACAACGCCCCAGAAUGCACAGAUCCCUCGGCUUACACAUUAAAGAGCGAUGUUUACAGCUUUGGUGUGGUGAUGCUGGAGCUGCUAACCGGUCGAAUGCCUUUUGACAGUGAUAGGCCAAAAGCAGAACAGUCUCUUGUUCGGUGGGCAAAGCCGCAGCUUAAAGACAUGGAAACUCUGAUGGAAAUGGUAGAUCCCGCGUUGUGCGGUCUCUACCCUCCAGAAUCUGUAUCUUCAUUCGCGGAUAUAGUUUCAAUCUGCGUAAUGGCGGAGCCGGGGCUUCGACCUCCAGUGUCAAAUGUGGUGGAGGCACUGAAGAGGCUAGUGUAG